AUGUCAAACUCACUUUCACCUACUUCACACACUCAAACGAUCUCACCUGCUUCUACAGCUCAUAACUCCACUACCGAUCUUAUCGCACGUGCCGAUACUCGUGCAUCAAUGAACGAUCCAGCACGAGAGCCAAGGGCGACCUCUGAAAAACCGACAAGCAGCCAGCAACGCCCGGCUGAAGGAGAAGCAUGUGGGAAUGAGCAAGAGGUAUAUUGGGAAGGUCAAAAACAAGAAAGGAAUGUUCAAAACACAUGUACAUUGGAUGAUCCCUCUAAGAACGUUAACACGACCACAUCGACCACCGCCAAGGUGGUGUUCCCACCUUGGAAAAGAAAUGAUAGAUGGUCAGGUUGGAUGGGCGAUACAGUCACUGCUCAGUCGUUGGUACUGUGUCUGAUCCUGCAAGCUUUUUCUACUGGCAUAUUGGACGCAACUACUUAUCUUGAUUUCUCGACAUUCGCAUCCAAUCAAACCGGUAACACCAUCCUCCUUACAGUGGCAAUAGUGAGAGUAUCGGGUCAUUUACUUCUGUUGACCGGUGUUUCCCUCGCAAGUUUCUUGAGUGCUGCUUUGGUGUUUGGACAUAUUGGACAUUUUGUCGGCGUCCGAAGACGGAUCUGGCUACUUCUCAAUGUCUUCUGUCAAAUCAUCUUCCUAAUCCUCUCAGCCAUCUUCCUAUCACCCUCUGGUCCAGCUCAAACUCGACUGGGAGCGAAACACGAGUGGGUGAUCAUAUCCUUGUUCGCAGUCAUGUCAGGCGCACAAGUAUCAGCUGCUCGUCAGGCUUCUAUACAAGAAAUCCCCACUGCACCUAUGACUUCCUCCUAUGUCGAUUUGGUCUCGGACAAAUACCUAUUCGUAGGGUUUAACCACAAACACUCGAGCGGGAGGAAUAGGCGAUUAGCAUAUAUUUCAGCGAUGAUCGUAGGAAGUUUCAUCGGUGGGAUCAUGCACAAGUAUGCGGGAUCAUGGGUUGUAGUGGUCGUUGCUAUGGGAUUCAAGUUGGCGGUGAUGGGGCUGAUGGCCGUGGCACCUGCGGAAAUCAAGGAAAAGAAGGAGAAAGAGAGCGGUAUCAAUGCUUCUCCUUUGAUCUUCGUUAUUGAUAAAACCGCGAAAUAUUGGUUCAAGUACUGGCGUGGUCCGUCUCGUUUUGCCGUGCCUCUACCUGAGGGACUUGAUCCCGCCGCAGCUGCACCACUGUUUUGUGGUGGUGUCACAGUAUACAUUCCUCUUCGACGAUAUGGAGCUGGUACAAGCGCCAAGAACGUUGGAGUCAUCGGUAUCGGAGGUCUCGGUCAUAUGGCCAUCCAAAUUGCGCAAGCUAUGGGUGCUGAAGUGACCGCUAUCUCUAGAGGUGAUGCCAAGAAGUCAGACGCCAUCAAACUGGGUGCUGGUAAAUAUAUCGCCACUGGUGGACAGAGCUUCGCCGACGCUUUCAAAGGCCAUGAACGAAGUUUGAACUUGAUCAUCUGUACCAGUAACCCUGCCGAGUUUCCCGUCGCCGAGUAUUUCCCGCUUCUUCGGCCCGAGGGCAUCAUGUGCUUCGUUGGCAUUAUACCUAAACCAUUAGAAGUGCUAACUUUCCCACUCAUUAGGAGUACCGCGGCUGUUGCCGGCUCCAAAAUCGGCUCGCCUGAUGCCAUAGCCAGUUUGCUCCAGCUCGCUGUGGACAAAGGUUUCAGACCCUGGGUCGAGAAAUGGAACAUGGACGACAUCAACAGAGCUAUGCCUGCAUUCAAACGAGGAGAGCCGAAGUACAGAUAUGUCCUUGUCAAUGUGGACAAUGGAGGCAAGCUUUAA